CCAACGCAACCUUCCUAAAUCAACUGGCGUAACGAGCCAACAAGCCAAGUGCAGGUUUUGGACUGAUGUCAUGGUAUGAAGAUCUGCGACGACCGGCGAACAACAACUUGAAGCUGGUCUUCUUACUCUUACGGUUUUGAGCCUUGUCCUCUGCGCCCCUUGAUUUGGAUCAUUCCAGUUAUGUUUCCUACAACUUUCCAGACAAAACCUUUGAAAUGCUUGAUCGCAAAUCCGUCACUGCACCCAACCUAAAAGUUCAACAAGUCGACCGCAUCGCCGCGUCUUUCCGACUCGAACACCUAUCUCAGGCAUUGAUGCAACAAGAGCAUGUCCAAUAACACCACGCUCCGCUGCUUGGGCCCGGAUGCCCUCCCCGCUGAAGCUGAGCGCCUCGUCCCGCAGGACAUCAACUACGUGCUCGUGCCGGGGACGAAUAUCUCGGCGCCGUGGAUGACGGAGUGCUGCGCGCCCAACCAGGUCUCGCUCAUCAGCGGCUGCUAUUUGUGGUGUGAGAUCCCCGGACAGCCAGCUACAUUUUGAUAAUGGUACAGGGAAGUGGGUCACGCAUAUUGAUGGGUGCAUGAAGAUGAACGGGAGGGAGGUUGGUGAGUCGAGGAUCACGGCGCUUCAUGUUGUAUGUGGAGCUGAGAGAAGGAUGGAGUUGAAGGGAUGGGUGCUUUUCGGGUUGUUUGUGGCUGGGCUGAUGAUGGCGCUUUGAGAAGGAAGGGCUGAGCUGAGUUGUGUGUUAAGUGUUACGCCUUAGUGAGGUUCUUCCAGCAUGUAUCAAGGUUGAUUUGCGUUAGCUUACUUCAGGUAGUCAGAGACAAGGAAGGUUGGCUGCUCAGGACGGGCUUGUCUGGGGUGUACUGGCAGUGUGUGCUCCUCCCCGUUUCAUGCUGAUUGGGCGAGUGUACAAAGAGCUUUAGCAUGAUAGAUGGGGUUUUGGAUCUGGUGACAGAAUCUGAGCAAAGUUGAAAAGCAUACAUUAAAACGACCCCUCGCUGUCCUAU